AUGAGAAGCAAGAUAAUAUACCGCUUUGCUUCUACAAAGCCCAAAGAGAUUGACCCCAUUGUUUUGGAUGAAAUUUUCAAGAAGAACAAACCCGUGAAACGAUACAGGCUGAUCAUCCGUAAUAAUAAGCUGCGAUCAAAUGAAACCCCGAAUUCCACCACAAGCGCUGACCAGCUCAAAAUUCUGGACGAGAACCUGAAAAAAUUUAAGAAUGCCCCCAUAAACUUCAAUUAUUAUCUUCGGAAUAUCGCUGGAUUGAAAACGAGUAGCCAGUUACCAUACAAAUUUGGAGAGAACCAGAUAAUCACCAGCGAUAAGAAUGAGACAUUGCAGAAAGUCCUAUGGAAGUUCAAUGCACCUAUUAGAUUUGCUGCGGGUUACGGUUCCGGUGUAUUUACUCAAGCGAAUCAAAAAGUUUCAGAAAGUAAACCUCAGAUGGAUAUGAUAUACGCUGUAUCAUACCCAGACCAUUGGCACGCACUAAACCUACAUCAGUUUCCAGAGCAUUAUUCUUUUUUGAGAAUAGGCGGUUCUGGGUUAAUAGGCAAGGUCCAAGAUUUAGGAGCUGGAGUUUAUUUCAAUCCAUAUGUGGACAUGGAAGGUUGCCAGAUAAAAUAUGGCGUAACCUCAAUGACCAAUUUGAUGAAUGAUUUAAUCAAUUGGGACACUUUCUAUCUAAGUGGAAGGCUGCACAAACCAAUAAAUAUAAUGAGAAACAGUCCAAAUAUUCAAUUGCUGAACCAGUUUAAUUUGAUCAAUGCGAUCAAACUAUCGCUGUUAUUAAACUCCGACAGGGGUACUGAGUUUUCAAUGAGUAAGGAAGAGCUUUUCCAUCUGAUCACUUCUCUUUCUUACCAUGGAGAUCCUCGAGUGCAGUUAGGAGGAGAAAGUCGUGACAAGGUCUCAAACAUUGUUUCCGGCCAAUAUGAUAAACUUGACUGGAUGUAUGAUCCAUUGCUAAGAAGCUAUUUCGCAGAUGUCGUCCAAUUCGAAACUGACUCUACGUUUAAAGUUAAUUUAUCCACCGACGCCCAGUCAAGAAUGAUUGUAGAUUUACCAAAAUCAUUCAGAAAGAAGAUUUACGCCAAGUAUGCUGACAAAUACUCAAAAGAAUUUUCUGAAGAUAUUAUUGCUCAAAAAUUACUUAAUCCUAUUGAAAAUGUGGUAGCACCUGAACUUUCAGACCUUUCUUUCAUUGAGCUUCAAACGAUCAGUAAUUCUGAUCUAUCAAAGUUACCUAUCCAGGAUUACGAGUACAUCUCAAAUAACAUAAAAUGUAAAUCUUCGUUUCCUUUAAAAAUUGCCGAAGAUGAAAACUUGAAACACAAUCUUUACCAAGCUUUGAAGGAGACCAUAUACAAACCUGCUUUUCUACAAAGUGUCAAGGGAAUUGCUACAGCGGGAGUUACCAAAAGCAUAAAGUAUGCCUGGGCCAAACGAAAGAAGUAUAACUCUUCUAUAAACUAG